AUGGCCUUGGAGAGUAUCGUCCGCGUGGAGCGCGUGGCGCAAGCUUUGCAGAAAGUCUAUCGCAGGCGCCUCACAACCGCUCUCGUGGCCAUGCUUACCACGUCGCCAAGGAAGAUGGCAUGGUACCAGCGCGAACCUGGUGAUCGGCAAGCCCUCGCAGACAAUCCGAAGUCUAAGAGGAAAGCCCAAUCAACGGCUAAGCCGGCGGCUUCGAAGGCCGCUGCACCAGCGAUGUUGGCACUGCCGGCACCCGCGGCGACCCCAGGGGCGCCCGGCGGAGUGGCGUCGACGUUGGACUUCCUGGCACGCACGCGCCAACUGGUCGCCAGCAGUUUCGACGCGGAUUCCAUGGCACCAGGCGGCCGAGACAUCGACGACGGCUUCAGCCGGCAAGGCAAUGGCUACCCUGUGCCCUCGUUGCCUCGUUUCGGUGCGCAAGAUGCACAGGUUUCGCCGCCUGAGUCCCCGGGAGCUUUCGAAAGGCCGCGUCUGGUGGCGAAGCCGCGACCCGACUCGGCCGGGCCGCAUUUGGUGAUCACAG